AGUAAAUUGCGCCUCUUCUCGCCAGCCAUGUCUCUUCACAUGAUGCCGUUGGUGCUGCUCUUCUCGUUGCUGUUCCCAAGCUCUCAUGCUCUGCCGGGGUCACCACCUUCUCCUCCGGGCCCGGCUGCCGAGGAGCUCGCGCUUCUCGCCUUCAAGUCCAUGCUGACCUCUGACGGUGGUUCGCCGGCGCUGGCAUCGUGGAACACGUCGAGCCACUUCUGCCUCUGGCCAGGCGUGGCAUGCAGCCGCGAGAAGGUUGUCGCGCUGCGCCUCGGCUCGUCCAACCUCUCCGGCCGCAUCUCGCCGCACCUGGGCAAUCUGUCCGGCCUCGCGGAGCUGGACCUCGGUGGAAACCAGCUUGUCGGUGACAUACCACCGGAGCUUGGCCGUCUCGGCCGUCUCCGCUCCCUCAACCUGAGCGCCAACUUGCUCACCGGAGCCAUCCCCGCGGCCAUUGCGGCGGGGUGCACCAACCUCACCUCGCUCAUCCUGGGCAGGAACAGCCUCCGAGGUACGAUCCCCGCCCAGAUCGGCACCACCUUGAGAAAGCUCACCCUGCUGGACCUUUGCCGAAACAACCUCACGGGGCACAUCCCUCCGUCACUGGCGGAGCUGCGCUCCAUGCAGGUUCUGUCUCUGUGCUUCAACAACCUGUCCGGCGAGAUCCCAGCCGCGCUGGGAAACCUCACCAGCAUCCAGGAGCUAGGCCUCCAUCACAAUGGCCUGUCCGGAGCAAUCCCGUCGUCUCUCGGGCUGCCGGGCGGCAUGUCGUUUUUCAACCUCGAGUUCAACCAGUUAACCGGGGCGAUCCCUACCUCCAUUUGGAACCUCUCGUCUCUCGUUCUGUUCUCCGUCAUGUAUAACAGGCUAAGCGGCAGGAUGCCUCCCGACGCAUUCGCCGCCAUGCCCCAUCUCCACCAGAUCCAAAUCAACAACAACCAGUUCCAUGGCCCUUUCCCGGUGUCCAUAGCAAAUGCUUCCAACAUCUCUCUAGUUCAGCUCGACGGCAACCUUUUCGCCGGCAUCAUUCCCCGUGAUAUCGGCAGGUUAAGAAAUCUCAGCAUUCUACUUCUCGGCAACAAUCUGUUUGAAGCUCAUGAGCCAAGAGAUUGGGGAUUCAUAACCGAAUUAACUAAUUGCUCCCAGUUAGGACUGCUGGGAUUGGAUGGUAAUAAGUUUGGAGGUGUUCUUCCAGAUUCACUCUCCAACCUUUCCACGUCACUGUAUGAUCUUCAACUUGGGUCCAACAAGAUCACAGGAAACAUUCCAGAGGGUAUUAGUAACCUCAUCAACUUACAAAAGCUCGACAUGUCGCACAACUUCUUCACGGGAAGUCUCCCCUCUUCAUUGGGAAGGCUUCCAAAAUUGGCCAGUUUCUAUGUCAUUGCAAAUAAGUUGGCCGGGCUGGUCCCGUCGGCCAUAGGAAAUCUUACUGAACUAUCUGAUUUGCGGCUCGACAUGAACGCGUUCAGUGGUAGAAUACCAAGCACACUUGGAAACCUGGCAAAGCUCUCCUCACUAGGUCUUUCAGCAAAUAGUUUCAUUGGUCCCAUACCCAGCACAUUAUUCAGCAUCCAAACACUCUCGAUGGUACUUGAUGUGUCACACAAUAAUAUAGAGGGAUCCAUACCACAAGAAAUCGGGUACCUGCAAAAUUUAGCAGAAUUGCAUCUAGAGUCAAACAAAUUAUCUGGUGAAAUCCCCACCACCGUUGGAGAGUGUCGAUUUCUAAAAAGUCUUUAUCUGCAAAACAACUCCCUGAAUGGUAGCAUCCCAUCAACCCUGAAUCAACUGAAGGAUCUUGAAACUCUUGACCUGUCAAGCAACAACUUGUCAGGCCAGAUACCCAAGUUCCUUGGCAACAUCAGCAUGCUCCAGUAUCUGAACCUUUCCCUUAACCGGUUUGUCGGAGAAGUGCCGACCUUUGGUGUCUUCGCAAAUGCUACUUCAAUCUCAAUCGAAGGCAACGUUGAACUUUGUGGUGGAAUACCUACUCUGCAUUUGCUUCCCUGUUCUUCUCAAAUAGCACACAGGAAACACAAACUUUUAGCGGUUCCUAUUGUUCUAUCUCUCAUUGCAACACUAGUCGUGCUUGUAACAUUGUACAAGCUUAGCAUGCGGCACAAGAAAAAUAGAAGACAAACCCUUUCACCUACAUCCAUGAAAAGCCAUCCAAAGCUAUCUUAUUCACAGCUGGUAAAUGCAACAGAUGGGUUUUCAGCAGCCAACUUUUUGGGUUCUGGAUCGUUUGGGAUUGUGUACAAGGGAGAGCUAUAUGACCAAGUAGGCAAUAGAACAAUUGUCGCUGUGAAGGUACUGAAACUUCAAACUCCCAAGGCACUCAAGAGUUUCGCCGCCGAAUGUGAAGCACUUAGAAACAUCCGGCACCGAAAUAUUGUCAAGAUAGUCACGAUCUGCUCAACCUUUGAUACUAGAGGGCAUGGUUUCAAAGCAAUUGUUUAUGAAUUCAUGUCCAAUGGUAGCCUAGCUGGGUGGCUACAUCCCGAGCAAACAGAGCCGAAGCAACUGAACCUGUGUGUUAGAGUGACCAUACUACUUGAUGUGGCUUGUGCGCUGGAUUAUCUUAGCUAUCAAGGAGACUUCUUUGUACAUUGUGAUGUUAAGCCAAGUAAUGUGCUCCUAGAUGCUGAGAUGGUAGCCCACGUUGGAGAUUUUGGACUUGCAAGCCAAUGCUGGGAAUUUUCUGUCGAGAACUCAUCUCUCGAACUGUCAAAGAGCUCGAUGGGACUUACAGGAGCAAUAAACUCAUCUUUCCAACAGUCAAUGAGCACGAUGGGAUUUAGGGGAACAAUUGGUUAUGCUGCACCAGAAUAUGGGGCUGGAAACAAGGUGUCAACAAACGGAGACAUUUACAGUUACGGGAUUCUUGUUCUAGAAACUGUAACUGGGAAGAGGCCCACAGACAGCAUAUUCAGACAAAGACUGAGGCUCCGUGAAUACGUUGAGCAAGCUCUGGGUCAUAGCAUGAUGGAUGUUAUCGACAAGCGGCUCCAAGAUGAGCUCCAGACCGCGGAUGAUAUUUCAAGGAAGAAAAAGAUGGAUUGUCUGACAUCGCUGCUCGAACUGGGAAUGUGGUGCUCUGACGAAACACCGACGCGCAGAAUGCUAACUGGAGAUAUCGUCAGGCAAUUGGAGGCCAUCAAAGAAUCCCUUUCUUAGGCAACACAACUUGUGAUCGCUACGGCAGGCAAAUCAUAACGGUUUUCUUGUCUUCGGAGAUGCAACAUAACCUGUGCUAAAUUUGAAGUGCUGGUAUUAAUAGCAUGUAAUCUUGUUUCAAAAAUAAUAAUUUAAUAGCAUGUAAGCUGUACUGCUGUGUUAGUGAGUGCUCAUUUUGGGUAAUAUAGGGAGGUAAUUAUGCUCCAUUAGCACCUUUUCUGAGAAAACUGUUUGGUGCUAGUAUGACA